ACAGUUUCCGUCGCCACCGUCGACGGGAUGACCGUCAUGAAGUCGCGGGAGUUGGGUUUUGCGAUUUUCGCGGCUCUGUCGUUGCAGGCCACCCGCACUGGCUGUGCAGAGGAGCAACCCCGUCCGGCUGCAACCACCACCAACACCACCGUCAACACCACCAUCAGUGACUUUGUCGGCGAUGUGCCCUCGCCGAUCCGAGCCAGAUCACGCGAGAUGGAUUUCGGAGGUCCAGAUCCGUCGCUGCAGGAGUCGGCGACAGGUCUAUCGGAAGGGCGGGGAAAGAAGAAGAAGAAGAAGAAAAAGAAGAAAAUUAAAAUCAAAAACCCUUCUAUGAACAUGCUGAUUGGCGGCAGCAUGAUGGCAGCUUUCGUCGUGAUAUUCACGUUCGUGAACAUGAUAACCGUGACGCUAGGAAAAGCGCUGUUUUUCACGUUCAUCGCGAAGUUUUUGAUAUCUGUAAAUUGGAAAUCGUCGGAAUCCUCGUCCAAGAAGAAAUCUACUCGUAAUGACAUAACAGUCGUAAUGACAUAAAAACGCUUAUUACCAAUAUAUUUUUAUUUCUCAAUAAUAAC